AUGUCCGCCGCCAUCCAGACAGAAGCAGGGGACACAUUCCCCUUCCCCAAGGACUACUCCUUCCCCGCCUUCUUCACCCGCCAGCCCAACCUCCAAACCCACCACGCCCAGCUCGAAAAGUGGUCCGCCCUCGUCCUCGCCUACGCCCACCACCACCGCCUCUUCCGCUUCUCGCCCACCCACCCCGUCUUCCACAACAAGAAGCUCGAUAGGCGCUUCGCCGAGGCCGACGUCCGCGAGCUGCUCGAGCACAUGCGCAAGGACGGCCGCGCCGAGUGGGUUGGCAACGAGGUCUUUGUCUACUGGCGCAGGCCCGAGGACUGGGCCCGCAAGCUCGAGAAGUGGGUGGAGGACACGGCUCAAAAAGGUCAUGUCCUGACCCUCUACGAGAUUACAGAGGGCGAGGCCACGCUCGGCACCGACUUUCACGGCAUGGACGGCGAGGUGCUUCUCAAAGCGCUAAACCACCUCGUCAAACGCGGACGCGCGCAGAUAUUCGGUCAGGACGAUUCGCUGGGUGUCAAAUUCUUCUGA